AGCCUGAGCGCUCAGACGGCUAACAACACGGGGAUGAGCGCCACCGAACUCGCGGGCUCGGUGGGGUUGAUCCUGGCGGUUCUCGUAGAAGUGGGGGCCGUGCUGGGCAACGGCACGCUGCUCGUGGUGGUGCUGCGCACGCCCGGGCUGCAAGAUGCCUUCUACCUGGCGCACCUGUGCGUUGUGGACCUGCUGGCAGCCGCCUCCAUCAUGCCUCUGGGCCUGCUGGCCGGGCCGCCCGGGCUGGGCAGUGUGCCCCUGGACCCCUCAUCGUGCCGCGCCGCGCGCUUCCUCUCGGCGGCUCUGCUCCCCGCCUGCACGCUCGGCGUGGCUGCGCUCGGACUGGCGCGCUACCGUCUCAUAGUGCACCCGCUGCGGCCAGGCGCGCGACCGGCACCGGCGCUAGUGCUCACCGCGGUGUGGGCGGCGGCCGCGCUCCUGGGCGCGCUCUCCUUGCUCGGGCCACCUCCCGCGCCGCCUCCGGCUCCGGCUCGCUGCUCCGUGCUGGCCGGGGGGCUCGGGCCCUUCCGGCCGCUCUGGGCGCUGCUGGCCUUCGCACUGCCCGCCCUCCUGCUGCUGGCCGCCUACGGUAGCAUCUUCCUGGUGGCGCGGCGCGCCGCCCUCCGGCCCCCGCGAGGGACCCGGCUCCGCUCCGACUCUCUGGACAGCCGCCUCUCCUUCUUGCCAUCCCUCCGGCCACGUCUACCCGGGGGCAAGGCGGCCCUGGCCCCAGCUCUGGCCGUGGGCCAGUUUGCAGCCUGCUGGCUGCCUUAUGGCUGCGCGUGCUUGGCGCCCGCGGCGCGCGCUGCAGCCGCCGAGGCGGCGGUCACCUGGGUAGCCUACUCCGCCUUCGCCGCUCACCCCUUCCUCUAUGGCCUGCUGCAGCGCCCGGUGCGCUUGGCGCUGGGCCGCCUCACUCGCCGGGCGCUGCCUCGGCCCCCGAAAGUCCGCAUGCCGCAGGCCUGGCACCCGCGGACACUCCUUCAGCGCCUCCAGGGACUGCGCAAGGACCCUGCCCUAGGCCCUUCCGAGGCACCAGAGCAGACCCCAGAAUUGGCAGGACAGAGCUCGAGUGUGUCAGAGGCCACCUGAGAGCUUUCUCCUGAGCUGAAGAAAGGUGGGAUCAGAGGGGCACAUCUCCCCCCUGUACAGGCUAUGGCGGGCACCGUGCCCGGACUGCUGGCUCUGAAACCGGAGACAGGGUGGUGCUCAGUCUCAGGAACCUGAUUCUGAGCCCGAUACUACCUGUGUUCCUUUCCCGGGGCCUCGGUUUUCCCAUCUGUAUCCUGUAUCCCAUUUCCUAAGGACCUCCCCAGGGCAGGCUUUUUAAAUUCAUAGCUACUCCCUGGCCCAGAGGGGAGAGAUGCAGGCACGGUCACAGAGAAGAGGGUCCUAAGAGCUCACAGCCAAAGAAUGAGCGAAGCGGGACAGGGUCUGGGUUACAGCCACAGCAGUGGAGAGACGUUCAGAAGAUAUCCCCGCCAUCUGUGCCACGGAGACGUCGGACAGUUUGACUCGAAGUCAUUACUUAAAUGGUUUGGUGCUAAAGGCGGGAGACGGAACACGUGACCCCUGAAAGGGUCCUGCGAUUUCAUCCCAGAACGGACAUGUGGAAGGGGCGGUGGACCAACCAGGACUGGUGGGUUCAUGGUUUGGGGUCCUGCGGGGUUUCAGCUACACCCGGUCCCUGGAAGUUUUGUCACCCCAACACCAGUAUUAUUUCACGGC